UCCUGUAAACAUUCAACUGAGUUUAAGGAUCACGAGCCCGCGAGCAUUGCUAACAUGGAUACAAAAUGGCGGACAGAAUUUUAUUGAACGCGACCAAAGGAAAACCUAAGUCCCUCAGCAUUUGUAACAAGAACUUACGGAACGUUCCACCAAUAAUUGGAAAAAUAACUUCCCUUAAAACCGUAGACCUGAAAAACAAUACCUUAACGGACCUUCCAGAUGAAUUUUCUUCUCUCAAACAGCUCGAAUCCUUAAACCUUGGGAACAACAAGUUAGAAGCUCUUCCAGAAGUCCUCUCUUUUUUAGCUGGCUUGCAGAAGCUACAUUUGUUUAAUAACAAGUUAAGAGAACUCAAUUCUGUUGUCCUCAGUGGGCUCCAAAAACUCACUUUUUUAAAUCUGAAUGGAAAUCAGCUGAAAACAUUGCCAAGUGAAAUAAACAGGUUGGUGUCGUUACAGUUUCUCAGUGUAGAUCACAAUGAGUUACUCAGUGUUCCUACAGAGAUUUGUCACUUGAUCAACCUCACAGAACUACAUCUUGCUGAUAAUCAGAUAUCAAGUCUUCCAGAAGACAUGGCGUUUCUUAGGAAUCUUACAAAACUCUAUGUGUACAAAAACUUUAUUGAAGAGUUGCCAGAGGGUUUAUCAAAGUGUACCCAGCUCAGAGUACUAGAUGUGUCUGCCAAUAGACUUAGAAUAUUCCCAGCUGAGUUGGCGCAUCUUCCCCUUAAGGAACUUUAUUGUGAAGAAAACAAUCUUUUGCAACAUAUUCCCGUUCACUCUCAACAAGAAGAUGAAGUUUUGACACUGAAGGAGAUUACAGCUCGCUCAGUGUUGAAGGAUCUCAAAAAUGGGCGAUCCUUUGUAAAGCGUGCAAUACGCCAUUACCCAAAGGUACAGGAGAUGUUACAAUACGCCAGUGAAUGUGCAGUGUGUGGACAAUCUUUCCUUAAUACUUGGCUGGAGUGUGUACACUUUGUGGAUGCCCAUAAAAUUCUACGAACAAGAACAAAGACAGGAAUCAUUCCAGUACGAGGACUGUUAUGUUCUUACAAAUGUUUCAAUUCCGAAGGACAUGAUUAUUAUGGGAUUGCUUAUGUUGACACUUGAGGAUACACUUGGAGACAUCAAAGGUCGUGUAACACGACGAUGUAUUUGUGAAUAUGACUUCCAAAAAGCAUCUGCCUCCCCCCCUGAAAAUAUCGGCGUUACAUUCUUCGAACGCUUCAAUAGAGAUUUGAUUUUGAGGGUUUACGAAAAUUCGUCCUCAUCUUAACGUUAACUUAAAAGUAACACGUACGAAGAACAUUCCUUGCGUUUUCCCAUCCUUUCUCGAGGCGACCUUCUUUUACUUUAAUCAAACUAUUCAAUCAAACUAUUUUGAACGCCCGCCAUCCUCUUUCGCUCAGCUGAACCUUGGCAGAUUUAUUUCGCUUAAUCCCUGAUACCCCCUCCCCCAGCCCAAGAACAGAAUUUUUUCACUUGAUAUAAACAAAAAUCAAGAGGUAAAUCCUGUUCAAAUUUCCCUUCUCUCUCCCCCCCCCCUCCUUCUUUGUACAUCUCCCUUACAAGAGAAAUUUCAUUUUCAAAAACUCAAGGUGAGGGGCGAGAGUGGUAACAGACUAGGGAGGCUAAAAAACGUGCCUGAAUGGCCGAGAACAAGGAGCAGAGUGACUUCGAACAACAAUAUUAACCGUUCGAAUCCGUUGAAUUUAAUUAACUCAGACCUUGUUUAUUAAAUCCUUUAUUAAACUAGGUUGUUCCGUCGUCAAGAUGUAUCACUACGUUCGACACAAGCAGUUGUUGGAUGAGCAUCAGACAUUCGUACACAACUUGCUUCUUUUUUAGAUAACGUUUUUGUUGGAAAAUUUUGCCCAACGGAUUGAAGAGUGCUAAUUUUUUUUUUUUGGGGGGGGGCGAUGUUUUCCGUUCGAAAUGACAGAAUCCUGUUGGGAGACUUUUUUUGCGAUUUUCAAGAAAGAGAAUAUUGACAAGGAAGGGAACGUGCAAUUUACAAUUUUUAUUACUUGUUUAGUUGUACAGAGGUAAGCUACACGUAUGGUAAAUGGACAUUUUUGAUGGGUCUACACACAAGUACAAUGCGCAAAAUCCACAAACAUUAAAAAACCGCAAAAUUUCA